GGCGGCGGCGGGACGGCGGGGUCUCCGUCCUCGCGUCCUGCGCUUCGCCGCUCCUGGCGCGGGAGCGGCCCUGUGAAGCGGCCCCGCGCGGCCACAGGCAUGGGCUUGCCGCCGCCGGCCCCUCUGCUCUUGGGGCUGCUUCUGCUGGGCAUCCUAAGGCCGCUGUGGGGGGACCUGGUUUUCAUCCCUGCUUUCAUCCGCAUGACCGGCCCUGAGGUCAGCGCUUCCCUGGUCGGAGGCAUCGAGGGUGUGACCGUGUCCCUGGCAUUGCUGCCGGACGAGGAGGGAUUACUGCCGGUUCCAGCUUGUGGCGCCCUGACCAAUGACACAGGAGACUGGAGCCUGACUGUGACCCCCAGUGUGGUGAGGCCAGAGAGUGCGUUGGAGGUGACAGUGAGCUUGAAGAGGGGUCUGCAGAGGUGUUCCUCUGACGAGACGGGUCCCUUCUCAGAGGCCCCGUGUGUCGUCCAAACUCUUCUGGUUUCAGCAUCUCGCAAUUCAUCCUGUUUAGCACAUCUGCUCGUUCGAGUGGAGAUUUAUGCCAACUCUUCUUUGGCCCAAAAUGCAUCAGAGAAUGUGACUGUCAUUCCGAACCAAGUGUAUCAACCCCUGGGUCCUUGUCCUUGUAAUUUGACCGCUGGGGCCUGUGACAUUCGCUGCUGCUGUGACCAGGAAUGCUCGCCGGAUGUCACAGGACUGUUCAGAGAGGCCUGUUUCACCGGAGUGUUUGGAGGCGACGUCAACCCCCCGUUUGACCAGCUGUGCUCCGCGCAGAGGGCGCCGGGGGCCCCGGGCUGGUUCCCGUUGCUGUGUGUGCAGUCGUCGCUGGCCAACUCGCCCUUCCUGGGCUACUUCUACCAUGGCUCCGUGUGCCCUAGGCCACAUGCUUCCAUGGAAGUGUAUCUGCAUACUGAUCUGAGGGACUUCUCAGACUUCGGUUACAAGCAAGGAGAUGCAAUCAUGACUGUGGACAAGGCCUACUUUACCAUCCCACAGGGCUCCCUGGCUGGGCACUGCCUGCAGCACGCGCCGGUGGCGUUCCUUCAGAAUUUUGAUGUGCGGUGCACCACUGACUUGGAAGUAUACCAAGAGCAAGAAGAUCUUGUCAAUGUGAAGAUAAAGAAUGGUGUGCUAGGAGGCAUUGUUACACCAAAAGUGAUCUAUGAGGAAGCAACCGACCCAGACAAAUUCAUCACCGGUACAGAAACACUUUUAAGUAAUGGACUGGCCCCCAGAAAAGUGAAUGUGGAAGAACAUUAUAUUUUCAGAUGGAAUAAUAAUACAAUCAGUGAAAUAAAUGUCAAAAUUAUUAGGGCAGAAAUUAAUGCCCACCAGAAAGGGAUCAUGACACAGAGAUUUACAGUAAAAUUUUUAAGCUAUAAUAGUGGUGAUGAAAAGGAAUUUUCUGGAAAUCCAGGUUACCAACUUGGCAAGCCUGUUCGAGCUCUAAAUACCAACAGGGUGAAUAAUGUGACGAGUCUGCACCUUUGGCAACCGGCUGGAAGGGGUUUGUGUACAUCAGCAACUUUCAAACCCAUUUUAUUUGGAGAAAAUGCUCUAUCUGGCUGUCUUUUAGAAGUGGGGAUCAGUGAAAACUGUACGCAGCUCAGGGAGAAUGCUGCCGAACUACUUGAUUCAUUAAUACAGGCAACUCAUGUUGCAAUGAGAGGCAACUCCGAUUACAAUGAUCCUAGCGACGGCUGGCUCGAAAUAAUACGUGCAGAUGCCUCCGAUUCAGGCGCAGACCCAUCUGUUAGCGUGAACGGCAUCUGCACGGAUAUUCCUGCCCGGCUCAGUGUCCGCAUCCUCAUCUCCGAUGCUGGUGCGGUAGAAGGGAUUACUCAGCAGGAGAUACUUGGCAUAGAGACAAGGCUCUCCUUCAUGAACUGGCAGUUCCAAUGUGGUCUUUCUUGCGAAGAUAAGGCCGACCUUUUCCCUGUCAGUGCGUCCGUCCAGUUUAUUAAGAUACCUGCGCAGUUACCCCGUCCACUGACAAGAUUCCAGAUCAAUUUUACAGAGUAUGACUGUAACAGAAAUGAAGUGUGUUGGCCACAACUUCUGUAUCCUUUGACCCGGUAUUAUCAAGGGGAGCCUUAUUCUCAGUGUGUGGCCAAGAGCUUAUUACUAGUAUCCUUCUUCAUGUUAGCUGCAUUCCUCAGCAACCCCUGGGCCGGCACAUGCAAAGAGUGAAAUUCAACUGCCAUCUGACUUCUUGCAGACCACAGACUUCAGUGAUUUGUUGUACUCCUGUGCGCCUCUCUGUGACAUUGUAAUAAAUGCAGUGCUUUAUUUUUGGAGAAAAUGUUUCUUAAGUGCACUGGGAAUUUAAUUCAGGCAUGCAACUAUCCUGAUGUGCAGAGCAAUGCAGGAGAGGCGUUCCAGUGGCCGGAGCGGGCUGAGCGAAAUGCACGAGAGGGUCAACUGGGUAAAUACAUCCUAGAAGCUGUAGUGUCUCACAGGUUUCUAAAGUCAGAGGAAUUUUGGUCCAAAUAGAUUAUUCUUACCUGAGAAAGUUAAUAUUUUCUCUAAAUUUUUAUCUCUGUUGAAUUGAUUGAUUUCCCCUAUUCUAAAGAAAGAAUUAAAAAUCCAUAAAGCUUAAUAUGUGUAUAUUAUAAAAUCUAUUAUUUUGUAUGUAAAGACACAAAAUAAAUUGAUGAGGGAAGAUGUAGAGGCUGAGGGAAGGAAAGUAAUAUUGAGAGGGAAGUAAAACAAAAUCAGGAGUAAAGGUAAAUUCGUGAAAAUGCCAAAGACCUUGCAGAUAGCUAAGGUAGACCCCUAAUUUAGUCUUUAAUUUACAAAAAACCAAGUAUGAUUAGCUACAGGAAUCAUAGGUGCAUGGAAUUAAAAUAAGCUGGUUUCCAAUGAAGGACAGUUUUUCCUAGUUGGCCUUGAGAGAAAUUCCUCCUGUGGCUCCUUCCAAGGGGACAAAAGGCAUGACGCAGGGGUCACUGGGGGAAAUGGAUGUCUUCAACCACAGCCCUGUCGUGGCCAUAUAGCAAAUCUUGUAAUUUUCUUUGUGGGCCAGAUAAAUGUAGUUAUGUUUUAUAUGGACUUUGUAUACUGUCAGUAAACCUAAUUUUGAAAAAUGCUUGUCUACCUUUUCACACGCUGAUCGAAUUCCUGGGGCCUCCUGACUUCCCAGACACGUCGAAUGUGUUGUUGCGUUUUCCAAUCUGAGCCUGUAAAUAUAGUUCUAUUUUUUACUAAUUCAUAUUAAACAUGUGACUAAUGACAUAAAAAAGUUUCUCCCUCAAUACCACUCACUAUUGGUUUUUCAUUGAGAAAUAGUGGAUUCCCUUCUGCUGCUCUUUUUCUUUGAUUUGGACUUCUGUGGUUGAAGUGAUUACAUCCUAUAGAAGGAGUAAAAAAAUUGUUUUUUGCCGAAUAAAAGUUACUACCCACUGAUCAAUUAA